UUUCGUUUUUAUCUCUAUCUACCGGGAAGGACGCUGGUGUGGAGGACAGUAACUGCCAUGGCUUCCGGCACUUUGGCGAAACCUCAGAUGCGGGGUCUUCUGGCCAAGCGUCUGCGGUUUCAUAUUGUUGGAGCAUUCACGGUUGCCCUGGGGGUUGCAGCUCUCUAUAAGUUUGGUGUGGCUGAACCAAGAAAGAAGGCAUAUGCAGAUUUCUACAGAAAUUAUGAUUCCAUGAAAGAUUUUGAGGAGAUGAGGCGGGCUGGAAUCUUCCAGAGUGUAAAGUAAUUUUGGAAUAUAAAGAAUUUCUUUGGAUUGAGGUCCUUAGAAGUUUGUACUGACUUGUGCUCCUGAACUAUUAAACAUGAAUAUGUGGGCUAAGAAAUAGUUUUUCUUGGUAAAUAAACAA